CCUGCGGAAACCAGUUGUAACGGACACCAAACCGUCGAUUACCAACAAAACAAUUAAUGUUUUUAGGAGCACUUUGAAGAGGAUACCCCACGAUAGAUGGUCUGACACUUUUAAUUAUUUAUUAUUAAUUAUAUAAUUUUUCAUAUCGGUCCUUAGUUAUGAAUAAAUGACGAAUAGGAAGAGAAGAAGGAAACAAAUAUAAAACUUUUGAUAUCAAAUCAAAGUACCGGUUAAUAUGUUCAGAAGAUUCCGUAGCAUACUACUAAUUGUACACCUUGUAGAUAAUUUAUCACUUAUUUUGUUUGAUUAGAAAUGUUUCGUAUUUCUAUUACUUUCAAUUUUUUCAGUUUACAUCCUAUCAUUCGUGAAGUCUUGAAUCAUACUGACGAUUUAUACUUAACUAAGAUAUUUAUCGGCCUUGAAACGAUACGUGUGUCUCUUUGAUAUUCGAGAGAAGGUUGUAUCAAUACAAACACGAUCGUAGUAGUUAUAUAUUUACACUCGUAGAGUAAAUGUAUGAAUUUAUACUCGUAGUGUAAACCGUGAAUCUAAGAAUAUCACGAAAAUAGUUGAAAUAAUUUUGGAUUAAUCAAAAAGUGGUGGGUGAGGAUGGAUAACAAAUAUUGUAACACCUUAAAACAAAACAAAAAUAUUCUACAAUAUUUAACAUGAGAUUUUGGUUUGUGUAUAAGUGAACAAAAAUUCGAAGAAAAUGAUAAAGUGAUCUAACAAAAUGAAGUAAUGUAACUAAGAGACUGGUGUGAUCCAACCACGAUGAUGACACGAACACGUCUUCGUCUAAAGUAUUAAUGUUCGCAAGAAACGAUAAUAUCGAUAAGUUAGUUGAAAGAAAAGUCGAAUAUACAAAUGACCGGAUGCGACAGUACAUUAACACAGUUCAAAGGUCGUGUAAGUAUUAUGUAUAAUCAAAGUACGUACACACACGUCUCGACUACGAAGAAGACGAAUAAGAAGACUUACAAUUGUUUUACACGUUUAAAGAAGAUACUUCAUUUUGUCUUGUGCAAGUUUCGGAUAUUUUAUCUUUAAUUGGUUUUUAAGUGUCGUUGGAACAAAUGCCUGACAUUUUGGACUUACGAGAUUUAUUUAGAGGUCGACACCCUACAGUCUACUCGAGCGCCCAUCAUGGAGGUAUCGACGUUGGAUGUUUAUUUAAUGACAGAUAUUGUCAAAAGGACGUUGUUUCGCUUUCUCGAUUUAUGGAAAUCCGAAAAUUGUAAAUUGAAAAAAUCCAAGUAUAUUCAUAUGGAUGUUAAAAUGUCAAAGGAACAUGGCGGACAUUAUACGAUUCAAUUGACCAACUAUGGAUACUGCGAUUAUAAUCAAUCAAAUAUUUUCAAUAUUUUAAAAUACAUAUUUAACAAUUUAAUAAUAAUUAAAUGUUAUAAAAAUAAUCUCGCUAUGAUUUAUUUGAAAGAUGAACAAAAUAAUUUCGAGAUAGUGUACGAUUUACAUUACCCGGCAAAAACAAAAUCUUUGUAUCUCGUGAAAAAUGAUGAGAAGGAAAAGAAACAUAUUGAUUUAGUUUCUUGUAGAAAGUAUUUGUCGAUUAUAUUGUCGUACAAACUGGCGGCGAACGACGUUGAACAAUUCAAGGCCACCGUAUUGGAACUAAUCACUUCUUUUUGCCGAGAAAAUCCCACAGUUAAAGUAACAUACCGCAAAGAUAAAAAAAUGCUACACAAUAAUCACGUACCUCUCGACGACGAGUAUAAGGCUUGCCAAAUAUUGAGCACCGCCGUGACGGAUAUAGUACGGCAAAGUUUGGACAGCGAAUUCAAAGAGAAGUCUUUUGCUUUGUUAAAAACGGAAAAUCCUGGACAGUUGAGAGAUUUGCUCAUGACCCAAUUGUUACCUUUAAUUCACGAGAAUUACAUUUUUUCUACCAAACAAGAGGAAGAGUUGACUGUUAACGAGAGUAUCAUUUCUUAUGAAUAACAAAGAAGUAAAUUAAUAUGUACCAUGAAUAUUAAAUAGUUUAAUGAUCUGAAUAAUGCAUCAUCCCCCUGUGAAGAAAACGCGUCAGAAUACAGUCCGGUGCUGGUCGUUGUACUGACUCAUUACAUUCCUCGGAAGCGACAUUAGGAAGCCUCUAGACUAAUGGGUUAAGUGAAUUCAACGAGAGGAAAAGAGAGAAUAAGAGAAAGAGAGAAAGAGAGAUCAAGAUAUGAAGAAAGGAACUGAGAAGAUGAGAGCAUAGGAGCGUACACGCAAAAAAAAAAAAAAACAAAGAGAAAACAAAAAGCAGUGGAAGAAGCAUAAUGGUACUACGUUCGAGAGGAAAGUAAAUACAGUGGCCGUCAUCCUGGCACGUGGUGGUAAACCGGGCCAAAGGCCUGGAUCCUCGUCAUCCUCGUCCUCGUCAACGGAGAGGUUGCAAAGGAUGCCAGGACCAACUCAAGAGAGACCUCGAGCUCAUCGGCUCACCGACAUCGAGCCACAAACCGCCAAGGGAUUAGGAUGUAACCGAACGGACGAUUUCAGUACACCUGUGAGUUCCGGUAGCAACAUGGGAAGUAUUGCAAGGUUUCCUAAACUCGACGAGUGUGCCCACUUCCAUUACGAGCACGUGGAAUUGGGUACAUUAGAGGUUUCCGUUAGCGAUGGCAACAACGAAACCGACACGUACGCAGUUAGGGUAACUUCCGGUGACGCGUGUUGGACAUUACAACGAUCAUACGACAAUUUCGUGAUGUUCGACAAACAAUUGCAUCGAUGUAUAUUCGAUAGAAAAUUUUCUUCCCUACCGAAGUUACCCGAUGCAAGGCCUAAAUUACAUUGGGUUAUGAUAAAGGAUUAUCUACAACGAUUCUCACGCCUAAAUCACGAGGGUCUUAACUGCGGUCCCGUGUUAAAUUGGUUGCAAUUAGACAACAGGGGUAGAAGGAUACUAGUACCGGAAUCAGAUUCUUGUCCCAUAAACACGCCAGCUGUUGCUGCAGCUUAUGCUGUUAGACCUUACGUUGCACAGGCCCAGGAUGAAAUCUCAUUUCAGGUAGGAGACAUGAUCUCGGUGAUAGACAUGCCACCACCAGGAGAAAGUACGUGGUGGCGUGGUAAACACGGAUUCGCAGUCGGCUUCUUCCCAGCCGAAUGUGUCGCGGUAAUCGGAGACAAAGUUCCACGUCAUUUAACAGUCUCGGCUACGGUCAGAUCGAAAUUACCGGUAAAACCGGUGCUUAGAAAGCACGGAAAAUUAAUCGCCUUCUUCAGAUCGUUUAUCUUGAACAGACCAUCUAGGAGAAGGUUAAAACAAUCUGGGAUUUUAAAGGAACGUGUAUUUGGUUGCGAUCUGGGUGAACAUCUUUUGAACUCCGGUCAAGAUGUUCCAACGGUUCUAACGUGUUGCGCCGAAUUCAUUGAAAACCAUGGCCUCGUCGAUGGUAUUUACCGACUAAGUGGUGUCACCUCCAAUAUUCAAAGAUUAAGAAAUGCGUUUGACGAGGAUCGCGUUCCAGCAUUGCAUUCCGAUGAAAGUAUACUCCAGGAUAUCCACUCCGUUGCAUCCCUGUUGAAAAUGUAUUUCAGAGAAUUACCUAAUCCCUUGUGCACCUAUCAACUUUAUUCAACAUUUGUCAGCGCCGUGCAAGCCAAUAGCGAUGCGGAAAGAUUGAGACGAAUGAGAGAUGCAGUUAGAAAAUUACCCCCACCUCAUUACAGAACGUUAGAAUAUUUGAUGCGUCAUUUGGUAAGAGUGGCAGCUCGUGGCUCGGAAACUGGGAUGACACCGCGAAACGUUGCAAUUGUUUGGGCACCGAAUCUCUUGCGAUGCAAAGAAUUAGAAGUUGGUGGUGUGGCAGCUCUUCAAGGUGUCGGAGUACAAGCAGUAGUGACAGAAUUCUUAGUAUGUUACGCUGAAUUAAUAUUCGGUGAUGGACCGGUCGGUAGACCCAAAUCUUUAGCCAUCACGACACCUGCACGUUUACUCAGUUUGGAGGAAGCAAGAAAUAGGAGUGUAAGAGGUGAACCAGAUUAUAUUGAAGUUGGUGCGGGUCCAGCAGGUUUGCCAUUGCAUUAUCAUACGGUGAUAGAACUGCCACGAAAGAGAAAUGGCUCGAAGCGUUCACCGUCAUUAAACUGGAGAGCUUUGUUCGGUAGAGGUGGCUUGGGUGGUACCAGAGGCAAAGCCAGACAAGUUGGCACGCCACCCCAAGUAGAAACGGUGCCAAGUUCCUUAAACUCUUUGCGACGAUUGAGACCUGUCAAAAGUGCGGAUAGUUUGGAUGGCGAGGACAGUUUGGGCCCUUUAUUAGGGCCACCACCAGCUAGACCCUGCGGUCAUAGUAGAUCAGUAUCUCACGAUUCUUAUUUCGAUCAUCUGGCUGAUGCACCUAAUGCUACAUCACCACUCGAUCUUUCGGAGAUCCAACUUAAUUUUGAUCUCGAAGAAAGAGAAAUGAGAAUGUUUUCAGAAGAGGAGAGUGCUGGCGUUGCUUCGGUCGAAGCAUCACCUCGAAGACAGAGGACGGAAGGUACUCAGUGUCCUCCAGUUACCGGAGGUUCCAAAAGAAAACGAUCGAGACUCGAAGAACGAUUGCACUGCGACGUUGAAUUACGUUUUAUCGAUAGUCAAAGUCCCGAUCAGGUUAUGGUUUCCGCAGAUGUACACAACAUGGAAACCCCAUCACCAUUACCAACUCCUGGUUAUUUGCCAUUAUUGUCCGAAGCAUCGACACCUUUAACGCCUGCAACAUUGCAAGGAACUUCACACUCUACUUCACCUAUACCCGUUAAUAGUCCUAGGAUAAGCUUUCGAAGUUUUACUUUACCGUUAGAGAUCGACGACGAACAAACAACUAAUACGAAUAAUAAUUUGAACAGAGCUAGCGUGUCUUCCGAUAAAACAUCCGACCCUAGUCAUAGGUUAUCAGUAAGUUUAAACGAACAGAAUAACGCUAAGUCUUGCGAAAUAAUACGUAGCUACGAUAGACACGAGGAUCAUUAUAGUAAUAACACUGUAAUAGAUCAAUCCAAAGCUCGAAAUAAUGAAGAGUCAACGGAUGCUGGAAUAUCGGAUAUUCCGGAUCAAGAAAUGACCCCUUGCGAGAGGUUAAUAUCAUUGUGCAGCGAAGUUGAGUCAAGUAGAUUAACUUCAUCCUCCAAAGACAUUACGGAUGAGUCCGAGUUAUGUCCAAUGGAGAAAAAUAAAUUAAUAGAUAAACAAGAUACAUCGAAUGUUAAAAAGAAAGAAACCCCAAAUAAUAAUAAUAAUAAUAAUAAUAAUAAUCAUCAUCAUCGAUCAAGUGAUAUACAGAAUCAAGAAAUGAAUUCCGAUUUACACGUACAACACGAAUUACCUGGUUUACCUUUAUCAAACACAACUGAUCUUGAUUCACCGAUGUCUUGUGAACAAACUUUGGAAGAUUUGCCAGAUUCCGGUUUCGUAAUAUGCGAUAGUUCCGAUAAAAUCUUUACCAAUACGGAAACACAACCGAUGGUUACUACAACCAAUGAUUCUGGCGAAUGGGUUAUCGUCGAGAGGACAACUGGUUCAAUUACAACACCUAGCAGUGAAUCCAGUAGUCCUAAAGAUCCUUUGGAAGGUACCAUGAAUCCUGCAAUAGCUACAGAAGCACCCCAAUUGAGAUCAAUGUCUGAAAAUAUUUCACGAACAUCUUUGGACUUGACGAUGGGUUCUACGGUUGAUACGGACACUUCUUGUAUUGGGGCUAGCGAUUUAACCGAGAGUCCUGUUCUCGCACAAGUAUCUGGUGACAUGACGUGUGAUGUCACCGAUGUCAAAGAUUACAAGGAUUUCGAUGAACACGACGACACCCAAAGACCAUCCACCACAACCUACACCAACGAAUUUACGAACGAUUUACUGUCCCCUUUACAAGAUCAAGACAACGGUAAUGACAAAGUAUGCGAGCUGAAUAUAACUGACAUCGAAUCUAACGAGGAGCCAUCCAAUAUGAAAAUGGACAAUUCUUUUGUUCGCAUUGACAACAAUACCCACGUACACGGUAAUAAUAAAAAUCAAGAAUGCGAAACUGAUAAAACACAAAAUAUGAUGAAACAAAAGCAAAACGAUAUACAACGAUCAAUGGAAAGUCAACAAAAAUUACAAUAUUCGCAACACAGUGAUCACCAAAGAUGUUCACAACAAUUGGACAAGAAUAAAAAAGUCCAUGGAAUUGAAACGGAAGAGGAGGAGGAAGAGGAAGACGAUGAUGAUGAUGACGAGGAAGACGAUGACGAUGACGAUGACAAAGAGAUGUCCAAGUGCCAAAAUUUUGAUCAAAUCUCUCAGAAACAACAGAAUCAAAGUCCCCAGAAUAAAUAUAUUACAAAACACGAUAACAAAGAGAGUCCUAAGAGAAACAGCAUACGUCAUUCGCAAUUACGUGAGAAUAUUGAAGUUGUCAUACCGUCAGAAAAUGCAGCUGAACCAUGCGAGAUUGCACAUGUACCGGAAGGUGCAUCGGAAGCAAUGCCAUUGGAUGAUUCAUCGUCAUUUUCAAACGCUUCCUCACCGGUUGACGAUUCGAUAGUUUUACGAGACACAGCUGCUAUUUUACAAGAAUUAGCAUUGCAAAGAUUGUCCGGUGGUAUGGUAGGUGACCUAUCCAUUCCACCUAGAAGAAGAUACGAGACCACCGAGGUUAUUAAUCGCGAACGAAGAAGUUUUGAUUCCGAGAUAGGUCGUGAAAUAGUCAGGGAAAGGAAAAUGCGUCAAGAAUUGGAUUCGGCUAGAGGUAAAUCAGAGGAACCACCUGUAAAUAACAGUAGCACUACCACCCAUCAUUUGCCACCAUGUUUAAGGGCUCGUCAUGCAAGAGCAACACGUGCAGCAUUGAGCAGAUCCCUCGACGAGGCGAAAUUCAAUCAAAUGACCAGCGGUGAUUCUUCCUUACCUGUCAAACAAUCAUCGAAUGACGUUGUUCAACACAGUUCUACCCCUAACGUUGGCACCGUUACCAGCAGUAACAAUCCCUCGCCUAAUUGUUCUGAUAAAAUUCAAUUGAAGAAUCUCGGUGGUCUCGACUUGGGUGACCCACAGUGUCGAGAAAGAAUAGAAAAGUACAAAGAGGAAAGGCGGACGUUUCUAAGGGACAAAUAUAGAUCUGAGAGUUUUCGUGGUAUGUCCUCGAAAUCUGAAGGAGGUGAUGGUGAACAGGCCUUGCUGGCAAGAUUAAAGCAGAGAACUUCAAGGCCCUCAUUUCAUUGACAUUGAGCUUGAUACCAAUUUCUCUGAGCAUUCUUUUUCUUUUU